CUAUUUGUCACCCACAGAAAUUGCGACGUUAUAUGGUGAAAUGGAGAACAGCAAAAGUAGCAAAAGCGAUGAAGGGAGUGAUGAUAAAGACGAUGAUACAACGGACAGAAAGAAAACACCUGAAUUUGAAGACAAGGUCGUAUCUAAACUUUUGCGGAGGAUCGGUGAAAAAAGUUUAAUUCCUUUGUUUUCCCAACAACGCAUCACUAUGGAGAUGUUAAUGGAUCUAAGUCAUGCAGAUCUUCGUGAAGUAGGGAUCGACAUAUUUGGUCAAAGGCAUAAGAUAUUGACUGAGGUAGCACGACUGAAGCGAGAGAGGGGACAGAGAAACAAAGGUUCUCGAUGUGGACUACAUCCCUUCAAUACCACGUGUCCCGGGCGAAAACGGAAGCUGGAAAACCAAAAUGUUAUGACAAAGAAAAUGAGAUUAGGGGUCAGAAAUGUGCACACAGAAGUGCCUGUUGUAGUUUCUACUGCCUCCAGUAUACAACCUCACACGUCUGUGACAACCACCAGUCCCUCUGUCUGUCAGACGACACCAUGUCAGUCGUCUCAGACACAGACCUCGUCAGCCAUCAGUUCGUCUUCACUGAAUGUUGGAUCAACAGCAAGUAUUGCUGUAUUAGCAACACCAAUACCAAUGACAGCAAUACCAGCAACAACUACAGCAGGUACACCAACGACCGCAAUAACAGCAGUAACUUCAGCAACAUCAAUCACUGCCUCAGUUUCAACAACAGUAUCAGCGAUACAGAACCCUGCAACAACAGCCACCUCAUCAUCAACAUCCUCUCUGGUCUUUUCUUCUACAGUCAAUCUCUUGUCAAACACCACGACAACACCCAGCCAUACGAUAACGACAUCCAGCGUGCCGUGUGUUUCCACAUCGGCUUCAACAGGAAGUUACGUUUUACCGGUCCCUGCUACCUCUGUGCAUUGCACACAAAACACAAUUACAGAUGAAGAGAACAAUUUCCUACGAUACUUUCUUAUGGCUCAGCUUGGUACCCAGGCCUUGCGGAUUCUGUUCGACUCAUUUGUCAAACCUAUGUCUCUGACAAAUCACCUACAGAAUGUAAAACCAAAAUUAAAACACUGUACAGUGCAACAGAUUGCCAUCCUAUAUCCAGGUGCCAGGGGACCUGUGACCUCAGCAGACUUUGAUACAUCUCUUCUGUACACCCUGCUGCGUAACACAGUGAAAAUAACACCUCCAACGAGUGGAUGGAAUAAGGAACCAAAUCCUGCUGACAUCUCAAAGGGGGACGAUGUGGAAAGAAUAAGAUUCGCUAGGAAUUCUUUAUGUCAUGGUAAAACGUCCAUGGAUCAAUCAACAUUCAAUUCAAAAUGGACAUGUCUUUCUCAGGCUAUCGGACGACUGAGCAGCGGUUUCCUUAAUGGUGAUGUUGCCUCCUUAGCAACAAGGAAGUUUGAUAAAUCUGAGAAACAGGUCAUAUUGGAUGACUUCCUGCUUCUUAAGAAAAGGCUUCAACAAUUAGAGAGAAGACAUAUUCCAUUUAAUGUCCGAGAACAACAUGAAGAGAUAUUGAAUAAAUGGGGAAAGGAAUAUGAAGUUCUGUGCGAAACGAGAGCGUACUACAGAGUGAAAUCAGAAAUCGAGUCCAAAGACACCGUGACAAUAAUAAGUGGUCCAGGAAUGGGAAAAACAUUCAUUGCCAGGCAGACAUGUCUUCAUCUGCAAAAUGAAGGUUGGGAAAUCAUCCCCGUCCAACACGUAGACGAGAUGAGUCGCUUUCGCCUCGUCAGUAUUAAGCAGGUGUUUCUUCUAGACGAUCCUGUGGGAGUAUUUGGAUUCGAUCGAUCAACAUCAACUGCUAUAGAAAGAAUGUUUGAAGCUUUCGCUCCUUCAGAUAAAACCAAAUUUAUUUUUACCUGCAGAAAAGCUGUUUAUUAUGAAUGCAAAGAUAUGGAACACAGUUUCUUCAGAAACAUUAUUGAUAUUGGAAGUUUAGAUCUUAUGCUGAAUGAAAAAGAAAUGAAGGACAUGUUAGCUUCUCACUGUAAAAGUACAGGAGUGGAGGAGAAAGUCUAUAUAAACAUCUCGCUAAAUCCUGGUAUGACAAUGUUCCCACUUUUAUGUCGUUUAUUUGCAAACGACAAAGAAAAUCAGAAAUGUGGACGACUUUUUUUUGAAACGGCAAACAAAAGCAUCAUUAACCAAUUCAAGAAAAUGAGAAAUCAAAAGGAGUCACAGUAUGCGGCACUUGUGUUAUGCAUGCUAGCAAACAAUCAUUUAACGAAAAAAGAUAUACCUGAAUAUUUUGGACUAAUAAGCGAUUAUUUUGACAUUAUUAAUCAGUCUUGUAUUCAAAGGUCUCUGAAGGAAUUGACAGGAACAUAUGUUGUGAAAAAUAACGGGGUUUAUUCUUUCUUACACGACGCUUUAUUUGAGGCCAUUGCUUGCUUACAUGCUUUGAAGUUCCCUGAACAGGUGCUGAACUCAAUGCCAAGUAGUUACAUCGCAAACAACGUUCGUGUUACUAGUGAGACUACAGAAUCGGGAUAUGAAAAUUUAUGCAUCUGCUUGAAAAGGAAACACUAUGAAUUCCUUGUAAGAAGACUUUUAAAGGAUAUCAAAGACGUACAUUUUUAUGAUGUUUUUGAUGGGAAAAGUCUAAAAUGUGAAGAGUUCAUGAAUUUCUUUAUUUCAUAUCUCGACACAGUGUCUACAGAUGAUCUUGUAGAUCUGAUUUUAACUGUUCAUCCUUCUGACUCGAAAUUACUUCAGCGCAGUGGAAAGGCAAUGGAAAGGAUUGAAUACUGGGGAAAGGAAUACUAUCAACAAAAAUUGCUCAUAGGAGAAAAAAUAACGAUAAGUACAAUCACAGGAAAAGGAAAGGGCAAGUACAUACGGAACAAUGCUGGCCCUCACUACAAUAUACUUGCAUUGAGUUGGAUGAUUCAUUAUGGGCAUACCAGGCUUCUGUCUUAUAUUCUUGAUAGACUUGAUGAUAGACAACAACUGUCUGACAUAAGGAAAUCUGAAGGAGUUAGGUUGUUACUGCUUGCGUGUUUUAUUGGAAAUCUGGUGGUAGUUAAGCGACUCGUCAGUUGGUUAGGGAUGUUAUAUCUCAAUGGAUCUCCAAAUCAAAAAACUGACGACAACAAUGAGCACUUGUGUUUCACUCCAUUAACAGGUGCUGUUUUUGCUGGACAUGAAUCAGUGAUAGGGUUCCUUGUAGAUGAAGGGGCCGAUGUAAAUCUGCAGGAUAACACAGGUGAAGAAGACACCCCUCUCACCAAAGCCUGCAGACUGGGAUAUACCACCGUGGUGCAAACACUUUUACGCUGCAAGGCAGACAUCAACGAGGUCAGUGGUACAAUGAGAUCGCCAUUGUUCUGGGCAUCACGGAUGUCUAGAACUGAUAUAGUGAGGCUAUUGAUACAGAACAACUGUGAUGUUAAUAUAGUUGACUCUGUGGGCAGAAGUGCUUUACAUGAAGCAGCAGGAAAAGGUUUUGAUGAUAUUGUAAAAUUGUUGGUUGAGAACAAGGCCGAUACGACUUUGGUGGAUAGGAAAGGAAAAUUAGCGAUAACACUGGCAAAGGAAUCAAAUAAAAACAUAAAAACAAUAUUUAUAUCACAGUGCAAAAAUACCUCCUCAUUUUGCCAAAAGUUUGUUCAAGAACUAAUGCAAAUGAUAAGUGCUACAUUCUGCAGAAACAAAACUCUACCAAACAUUUUAACAGACAAACCCUUCUCCUGUCUAUUUGAUGUGCUCACCCUGUCGGAAUUAGAUAAGCCCUUACCUCAGGAUUGGCAUUUUCACUGUUUUAGCCAUUACAUUUCAACAGGACAUCAAUCUGUACUGAGGUGUUUAUUAAGUCAUGGAUACCAGAUCAUUUCCACCAAUCCUUACCUUCAAGACGCACUGUUUACUGCAUCAAGGAAUGGAGACACUGAGAUAGUCAAACAUUUAGUAGAACACGGUGCUGAUGUCAAUAUUUGUAAUGUAAGAAAUGUUACACCGCUCUUUAUAGCAUCACAGAAUGGACACACUGAGAUAGUCAAACAUUUAGUAGAGCACGGUGCUGAUGUCAAUAUUUGUGAUGUGAGUAAUGUUACACCACUCAUUAUAGCAUCACAGGAAGGACACACUGAAAUAGUCAAACAUUUAGUAGAACACAGUGCUGAUGUCAAUAUUUGUAAUGACGAGAAUGUUAAACCACUCUAUAUAGCAUCAGGGAAAGGACACACUGAGAUAGUCAAACAUUUAGUAGAGCACGGUGCUGAUGUCAAUAUUUGUAAUGACGAGAAUGAUACACCGCUCUAUAUGGCAUCACAGGAAGGACACACUGAGAUAGUCAAACAUUUAGUAGAACACAGUGCUGAUGUCAAUAUUUGUAAUGUGAGAAAUGCUACACCGCUCUUUGUGGCAUCACAUGAAGGACACACUGAGAUAGUCAAACAUUUAGUAGAACACAGUGCUGAUGUCAAUAUUUGUAAUGUGAGAAAUGCUACACCGCUCUUUGUGGCAUCAAAUGAAGGACACACUGAGAUAGUCAAACAUUUAGUAGAACACGGUGCUGAUGUCAAUAUUUGUAAUGACAAGAAUUUUACACCGCUCAAUAUGGCAUCACAUAAUGGACACACUGAGAUAGUCAAACAUUUAGUAGAACACGGUGCUGAUGUCAAUAUUUGUAAUGACAAGAAUGUUACACCACUCUUUAUACCAUCACAUAAUGGACACACUGAGAUAGUCAAACAUUUAGUAGAACACGGUGCUGAUGUCAAUAUUUGUAAUUUGACAAAUAUUACACCACUCUUUAUAGCAUCACAUAAUGGACACACUGAGAUAGUCAAACAUUUAGUAGAACACGGUGCUGAUGUCAAUAUUUGUUAUGUGAGAAAUGUUACACCACUCUUUAUAGCAUCACAUAAUGGACACACUGAGAUAGUCAAACAUUUAGUAGAACACGGUGCUGAUGUCAAUAUUUGUAAUGACAAGAAUGUUACACCGCUCUUUAUGGCAUCACAGAGUGGACACACUGAGGUAGUCAAACAUUUAGUAGAGCACGGUGCUGAUGUCAAUAUUUGUAAUGACGAGAAUGAUACACCACUCAUUAUAGCAUCACUGAAAGGACACACUGAAAUAGUCAAACAUUUAGUAGAACACGGUGCUGAUGUCAAUAUUUGUAAUGUGAGAAAUGCUACACCGCUCUUUGUGGCAUCACAGAAUGGACACACUGAGAUAGUCAAACAUUUAGUAGAACACGGUGCUGAUGUCAAUAUUUGUAAUGACAAGAAUGUUACACCGCUCUUUAUGGCAUCACAGAGUGGACACACUGAGGUAGUCAAACAUUUAGUAGAGCACGGUGCUGAUGUCAAUAUUUGUAAUGACGAGAAUGAUACACCACUCAUUAUAGCAUCACUGAAAGGACACACUGAAAUAGUCAAACAUUUAGUAGAACACGGUGCUGAUGUCAAUAUUUGUAAUGUGAGAAAUGCUACACCGCUCUUUGUGGCAUCACAGAAUGGACACACUGAGAUAGUCAAACAUUUAGUAGAACACGGUGCUGAUGUCAAUAUUUGUAAUGACAAGAAUGUUACACCGCUCUUUAUGGCAUCACAGAGUGGACACACUGAGGUAGUCAAACAUUUAGUAGAGCACGGUGCUGAUGUCAAUAUUUGUAAUGACGAGAAUGAUACACCACUCAUUAUAGCAUCACUGAAAGGACACACUGAAAUAGUCAAACAUUUAGUAGAACACGGUGCUGAUGUCAAUAUUUGUAAUGUGAGAAAUGCUACACCGCUCUUUGUGGCAUCACAGAAUGGACACACUGAGAUAGUCAAACAUUUAGUAGAACACGGUGCUGAUGUCAAUAUUUGUAAUGACGAGAAUGUUACACCGCUCUUUAUGGCAUCACAGAGUGGACACACUGAGAUAGUCAAACAUUUAGUAGAACACGGUGCUGAUGUCAAUAUUUGUCAUGACAAGAAUGUUACACCACUCAUUAUAACAUCACUGUUUGGACACACUGAGAUAGUCAAACAUUUAGUAGAACACGGUGCUGAUGUCAAUAUUUGUAGUGUCGAGAAUGUUACACCGCUCUUUAUAGCAUCACAGAGUGGACACACUGAGGUAGUCAAACAUUUAGUAGAACACGGUGCUGAUGUCAAUAUUUGUAAUGACAAGAAUGUUACACCGCUCUUUAUGGCAUCACAGAGUGGACACACUGAGGUAGUCAAACAUUUAGUAGAACACGGUGCUGAUGUCAAUAUUUGUAAUGACGAGAAUGUUAAACCGCUCUUUAUAGCAUCACAGAAUGGACACACUGAGAUAGUCAAACAUUUAGUAGAACAUGGUGCUGUUGUCAAUAUUUGUAAUUAGAAGAAUGUUACACCGCUCUUUAUAGCAUCAUUGAAUGGACACACUGAGAUAGUCAAACAUUUAGUAGAACACAGUGCUGAUGUCAAUAUUUGUCAUGACAAGAAUGUUACACCACUCAUUAUAGCAUCACAGAAUGGACACACUGAGAUAGUCAAACAUUUAGUAGAACACGGUGCUGAUGUCAAUAUUUGUAGUGUCGAGAAUGUUACACCGCUCUUUAUGGCAUCACAUAGUGGACACACUGAGGUAGUCAAACAUUUAGUAGAACACGGUGCUGAUGUCAAUAUUUGUAAAUUUGAUUAUUUUACACCGCUCUUUAUAGCAUCAUUGAAUGGACACACUGAGAUAGUCAAACAUUUAGUAGAACACAGUGCUGAUGUCAAUAUUUGUGAUGACAAGAAUGUUACACCACUCAAUAUAGCAUCAUAGAAUGGACACACUGAGAUAGUCAAACAUUUAGUAGAAAACGGUGCUGAUGUCAAUAUUUGUAAUGUGAAAAAUGUUACACCACUCUUUAAGGCAUCACAGAAUGGACACAAUGAGAUAGUCAAACAUUUAGAACAGCAUGGUGCUCAUGUCAAUAUUUGUGAUGACAAGAAUAUUACACCACUCAAUAUGGCAUCACAGAAUGGACACACUGAGAUAGUCAAACAUUUAGUAGAACAUGGUGCUGAUGUCAAUUUUUGUAAUGACGAGAAUGUUGCAUCGCUCUUUAUUGCGUCACAGAAUGGACACACUGAGAUAGUCAAACAUUUAGUAGAACACGGUGCUGAUGUUAAUAUUUGUAGAUAUGAUAAUUGUACACCGCUCAAUAUCGCAUCACAGAAUGGACACACUGAGAUAGUCAAACAUUUAGUAGAACACGGUGCUGAUGUCAAUAUUUGUAAUGUGAGAAAUGUUACACCACUCUUUAAGGCAUCACAGAAUGGACACACUGAGAUAGUUAAACAUUUAGAACAGCAUGGUGUUGAUGUCAAUAUUUGUAAUGACGAGAAUGUUGCUUCGCUCUUGAUGGCGUCACAGAAUGGACACACUGAGAUUGUCAAACAUUUAGUAGAACACGGUGCUGAUGUUAAUAUUUGUAGAUAUGAUAAUUGUACACCGCUCAAUAUGGCAUCACAGAAUGGACACGCUGAGAUAGUCAAACAUUUAGUAGAACACGGUGCUGAUGUCAAUAUCUGUAAUGUGAAUAUCUGAAAACAAACUGAGGACUUCAAUGGCUAUAAAAGAUUUUGAUCGACAAAAAAAGAUGUGUUUUGUAAAUAUGGAUGUUUCACUGCAAUCUGAGUGAAAUUCAAAAUAAAUGAAAUUAUUAA